AUGAAGUUGUUCACGUCGGUCCUCGUUCUCGUCUCAUGGCUCGCCUCUUUCACCACAGCCGACAGGGUUCUCGAGUCCAAGUCGCUCAACAGCUGUCAACGAGGCUCUUUGAUCACCGCCAGUCUUUUCCAUGUUGUCAUCACUCCCAACAACUCGGUCGCCACCUUCAAUGUCAACGCUGUAGCCUCGGUCCAGGGCAGAGUCGUCUUUGACGUCGCCCUCGUCGUCUACGGCUACCAGUUCAUCCGCCAAGUCGUCGACCCUUGUUCCUCGACCCUUGACCUCCCUGCUCUUUGUCCCAUGACACCUGGUGAUAUCGACAUCAAGUUCAACUUCAAACUCGGCGAUGCUUUGGACCAAGUUCCCGACAUCGCCUAUGGCAUUCCUGAUUUGGAUGCUACUGUCCGCGCCUUUGUCAAUAUGACCGACACUGGGGAGAGCGUCGCUUGCGUCGAGGCCGACUUCUCCACUGGAAAGACCGUCGAACAGCUCUCCGUCAAAUGGGUUACCGCCAUCAUCAUCGGAAUUGGCCUCGUCUCGUCGGCCUGCAUCUCACUAGCCGGCUACGGCAAUGCAGCUGCCCAUCUCGCUGCCAACACCCUGGCCCUCUUCACAUACUUCCAGGCCCAAGCUAUCAUCGGACUCACAGGAAUCACCAUGCCGCCCAUCGUUGACGCCUGGACUCUGAACUUCCAAUGGACCAUGGGCAUCAUCCGACUUGGCUGGAUGCAGGACAUCUUCACCUGGUAUCAACGCGCAACAGGUGGCACGCCUGCUCGCAUCUUCGAUCAUCUUGCCACUUCCUCAGUCCAAGUCGCCAAGCGAUCACUCGACUACAUUCCCGGCGCCGCAACUCUUGCUCGCCGUAGUUUUGCCAUGACCAAACGGGCCAACAUCGAGCUUGAGAGUGGUUCCUUCCUGGUCUACGGUAUCCAGCGUGUCGCUUUCCGCUCCCACAUCGAGACGACGAACCUCUUCGUCACCGCUCUCACCUUCUUCCUCAUCGCAAUCGUCUUCACCUGCAUACUCGUUCUUCUCGCCAAGGUUGUCCUUGACCUGUUCGCAAAGCAGGCUUGGAUUAAGCAUGAGCGAUUCCUCGAGUUCCGAACCGAGUGGCAGACAAUCCUCAAGGGCAUCCUUCUUCGACUCACCCUUAUGGGCUUUGCUCCCAUGGUCAUUCUUUGUCUCUGGGAAUUCACUCAAGUUGACUCACCCGCAUUGGUUGUUCUUGCUGUCUUCUUCCUCAUUUUCGUGACAGCUACCCUUGCCAUGGCGGCCUUCAGGAUCGUCACCAUUGCGCGACACAGCAACCCCGUCGUCACCCUGUUCUCCGACUCGCGAGUAUUGAACAAAUGGGGCUUCCUGUACAUCCCGUACCGAGCUUCGGCCUAUUAUUUUGUUGUGCCUCAGCUUGCUUAUGUUUUCGUCAAGGGCAUGUUCAUCGCCCUGAGCCAGAAGAGUGGCCCAGUCCAGGCCGUUGCUCUCAUUGUCAUCGAAGUCGCUGCCUUGAUCGCUACGAGCGUCAUGCGGCCUUUCAUGGAUAAGAGUGUCAACUCUUUUAACAUCGCCAUCUUUGUGCUCAACUUUCUCAACUCCAUCUGCCUCUUCAUCUUCACCAACGUUCUGGGUAUGCCUAGGAUGGGUCCUUCAGUCACUGGCCUCGUCCUCUUCGUCGCCAAUGCAGCCUUUUCGCUUAUUCUGCUCCUCAUGAUCAUCAUUUCCAGUGCGCUCGUCUUCUGGCGCAAGAACCCAGAUGCCCGAUACCAGUUCAUGGCUGACGAUCGAGCAUCUUUCAUGAAGUCCAAGUCGUCGACGCAGAUUGACACCAUGGGACAGCUUGACGCAUUGGCUGCCACAGCCCGUGGUGACCCGACUGGCCACUCUCGCCCUGUGUCGAGGUCAUCAUCCGAAAUAGCUGCGCAGAUCUACCGUCCAGGCCCACCACAGCAUGCAGUCAGUUCUUCCAUCUCCUCGAGGAGUCCCCACAAAGACUCGCAAGUCGACAUUAGAACGGCAGAGCGCCAAGAUGCGUGA